AUGUCGACGAAUUAUCCUAAUAUUAGCCCAAAACUAUGGUCCAUUAUCGCUCCUCAUGUGCCUAAGUCGUCACCGGAGCAAGACCCCUCUACCUUAUCAUCUUAUCAUGAGUUCAAGGUGGAGAAGUCAAUCCUCGAUUUGAAGGUUAAGUUCUACGACAAGAUUCUGGAUGGAUCUGUAAUUUACAUAAUGAAACCUCUGGUCGAUACCAAAGUCCUAGUUCUGGAUACUGCCCAUCUCAAAAUCAAAAACGUGAGAAUCAACGAUGCCAUCCAGUCUUUUGAGCUGAAACCAACCGAUGGGCCUUUAGGCGUUCCGCUCUACGUCAGCUACGACUUCAGGGCCGGCGAUGGUUUCAAGCUUGAAAUCUCCUACGAAACGACCAAAAAUGGUACCGCCCUGCAAUGGCUCGAGCCACCGCAGACUGACGGCAAGAAGCUUCCAUACUUGUUCUCCCAAUGCGAGGCUAUCCAUGCUCGCUCUUUUUUCCCGUGCUUUGAUACUCCCUCGGUCAAAAGUCCGUUUGAGUUCAAUAUCCAAUCCUCUCUGCCGGUGUUGAUGUCAGGUUUGUUGUCUAAGAAAACUCCUUUGGAAGACGGGAGCACCCUCUAUAACUUUUACCAACCGGUUCCAAUUCCAUCAUACCUGUGUUCCAUUGCUUCUGGAGACUUGAAAGAUGCACCAAUAGGUCCUCGCUCCAGGGUUUGGACUGAACCCAGCUUUUUGGAAGACUGUCAAAACGAGUUCAAGGACGAUACCGAAAAUUUCAUCAAGACUGCCGAGAGUCUUGUUUUCGAGUAUGAGUGGAAGGACUACGAUGUUUUAGUGCUUCCUCAGUCGAUGCCCUUUGGUGGCAUGGAGCAUCCGAACUGCACUUUCGCCACUCCAACCUUGAUUUCUGGUGACAAAGAGAAUGUCGAUGUCAUUGCGCACGAAUUGAGUCACAGUUGGGCAGGUAAUCUUGUAACAAAUGGCUCCUUUGAACACUUCUGGCUCAAUGAGGGAUGGACUGUCUAUUUGGAACGUAGGAUCCUGGAAAGAUUGCAUGGUGAAAAGCAUAGACAUUUUAGUUCCAUCAUUGGAUGGACUGACCUGGAAAAUUCAAUAGCUGCUAUGGGCAGCGCUGCUUCGAAAUACAGCAAGCUGGUGCUUAAUUUGAAGCACGGUGAUGAUCCAGACGAUUCUUUCAGCACAGUUCCUUACGAAAAAGGCUUCAAUCUGUUGUUCCACAUUGAACAGACCCUUGGCAGCAAGGAAGCAUUCGAUCCUUUCAUCAAGCAUUACUUCAAGAAGUUCAAAUACAAGUCAUUGGAUACGUACCAGUUCUUAGAUACUCUUUAUGAGUUUUAUUCCGAUAAGAAGGAUCUACUGGAUACCAUUGACUGGGAGACCUGGUUGUACGCUCCGGGUUUGCCUCCAAAACCGAACUUCGACACCACUCUCGCUGACGAGUGUUUCUCGCUCGCAGGCAGAUGGAUUAAGGUGAUCAGUAGUUCGCCUAGUUCGCUGGAGUCGAACUUUUCACCGUCUGAUAUCGAGAAUUUCACAUCGAACCAGAAUGGAGUCUUUCUAGACAAGCUUGUUUCUUAUCAGAAUCAAGAUGGAUUCGAUUGGAGCUCCAAAAAUGGCCAAAAGGCGAUUGGAGUCAUGAAAAAGAAAUACACAAAGUAUGAGAAUUCCAGCAACGCUGAGGUUCUUUUCAGGUGGUUCCGACUGUUGCUAACGGCCCAAAUUCAAUCUGAAUACCAGAAACUGGCCGACUGGCUGGGUACUGUUGGUAGAAUGAAAUUUGUUAGGCCAGGAUAUGUGCUGCUUAACGAGGCGGACAGGGAGCUGGCCGUGGCUACCUUCAAAAAAUAUGAGCAAAGCUAUCAUCCAAUAUGCAAGGCCAUGGUGAUGAAAGAUCUCGGCCUAAACUAA